AUGGAGUGGCGCGAGGUUGGCUGCUGUACUUACCCCAAAACCCCUCAUCGCAAAACCCUCUUUCUUUACCUCCUCUGUUCUUUCUCUUUCGAACUCUGUUCAUCUCUUUCUCUCUACUUGAACGCGAGAAGCUUGCCGAGAGAAGCUUCGAAGAACCGAAGUCAAUGAGCCAGCUUCAGAGGAGCCUCUCAUUGGCUUCUUCUUCCAGUAACGCCAUUUCUUCCUCUGUAUUUUCAACAGCUCUCUCUGCUUUUUCCUCCUCCCGACUCCGUCAUUUCUCGACCAAGUUGCAGGGCAGCACUCUUCAAAAUUAUACUAGCAAAUGCAUACCGGUUUUACCAUUUCCCACUGCUUGUAGUUCAGCCAGAUGUUCUCAGCUUAUUUUUAGAAAAGGUGGAGUAACAUUUGCUGUCAAGACUGAACGUGCAAAGGCUGGGCAGUAUCGUGCAUGCGAUGGGCCAAGUGUUUUCACUCUAUAUUCUCGCUUACCGUUGAGAUUUCCUCAUUCUGCUGCAUCACCAAAUGCUUCUAACCAACAGUUAUUAAAUUGCACUUUUACACAUAAACUUCCUAAUUAUAGAGCGUUUGGACGGAAGUUCUUUUCUAACACUACAGAAGCAUCGAUUGGAACUAAAAAUAAGAAUGUUAAAUAUUUAAGGAAUGGAACAAGUACAAUUGAAGGAUUGAAUAAAAAAUCAAAGGGUGCAAAGCCUGUUGCUACAUCCAGGAAAAAAACAAGAAUUAGUGCUUCAGCGCCAUCUGGCUCCACCCAUGUUGAUGGAACAAAUUCAAGCGAUCAGUUGGUUGGAGCUACAAAGGAGGCAAAUCUAGUUUCAUCUAAUUCUUCUUCAUCCAUUAGGAGAGCAUCCAAGGGUUUGAAUGAAAAGAAGUCUUGGAGCAAGAAAAAGAAGAAAGCUAUUUCUUCAACCAAUGAUGCAGAUGUUGAAGCCGUAUGCAAGGAUAGUCAGUCAAAGAGCUUUGGUAGUAGCAAUACUGACCAGGAUGUUGUACAAGAUCCCAAGAAGGAAGCCAUUUCUUCAACCAUUAGGAAAGCAUCCAAGGGUUUGAAUGAAAAGAAGUCUUGGAGCAAGAACAAGAAGGAAGCUAUUUCUUCAACCAAUGAUGCAGAUGUUGAAGCCGUAUGCAAGGAUGGUCAGUCAAAGAGCUUUGGUAGUAGCAAUACUGACCAGGAUGUUGUACAAGAUCCAAAGAAAAAUGUAACCAAGGGUACUUCGAAAGAUUCUGGUUCAACCAAACAACAAUCCAAUAAGAAAAAAUGCAACUCCAGCAGAAAUAAAGAAGCUACAAAAGGUGCUAAUAAGUUGCAACAGAAGCCAAACGUCAUAGUGGAUACAAGGGGGACAUCUCAGGGAAAGACCACUUUCAAGCAGCUAUAUCCCCCAAUGGGAAAAUCUGUUCUGGUGGUGGAAUCUGUUACAAAGGCAAAAGUUAUUCAGGAUUAUCUUGGUGAUAUGUUUGUGGUGCUACCUAGCCAUGGCCAUGUUAGAGACUUGGCUGCAAGGUCUGGAUCUGUAAGACCUGAGGAUGACUUCAUUAUGGUGUGGGAGGUUCCUUCUGCUGCCUGGACUCAUCUUAAAAGCAUCGAACUUUCCUUAAAUGGAGCAGAGAACCUUAUUCUUGCAUCUGAUCCAGAUCAAGAAGGUGAAGCUAUUGCUUGGCAUAUAAUUGAGAUGUUGCAGCACCAGCAUGCUCUACAUGAAGGUAUUAGCAUAGCAAGGGUUGUUUUUCAUGAAAUAACUGAGGCUUCUAUAAAGAGAGCCCUGCAAUCUCCAAGAGUAAUUGAUGAAAACUUGGUACAGGCUUACCUUGCACGGCGUGCUUUAGAUUAUUUGAUUGGAUUUAAUAUUUCACCAUUAUUAUGGAAGAAAUUACCAGGUUGUCGAUCACCUGGGCGUGUUCAAUCAGCUGCACUUGCCCUAAUAUGUGACAGAGAAACAGAAAUUGAUAAAUUUCAUGCACAAGAAUAUUGGACUAUUGACGUUAAGCUGAACCCAAAAGAUCCUUGUUCUUCCGUGGAAGAUUUUGCAGUCCCUGCACAUUUGACCCAUUUUGAUUCUAAGAAGUUAAGUCAGUUUCCAAUCAGCUCCAACAUGGAGGCAAAGAACAUAGAAACUGCGCUGAAAUCAGUAAAUUUUCAACUGCUUAGCUCUAGAAAGAAUAUUGUGCAGACAAACCCUCCAAUGCCAUAUAUAACAUCUACACUUCAGCAAGAUGCAGCAAACAAAUUUAAUUUCCCUGCAACUUACACAAUGAAGCUUGCCCGGAAACUUUAUGAGGGAAUUCAAUUGGCUGAUGGAAAGGCAGCUGGUUUAAUAACUUAUCCAAGAACGGAUGGGCUACAUAUCUCUGAUGAAGCUGUUAAGGACAUUCACUCCCUGAUUAUGCAAAGAUUUGGGCAGGAUUUUGUUUCCAAAAGUGGACACAAAUAUUUUAAGAAGGUGAAGAAUGCUCAAGAGGCUGAUGAAGCAAUCAGACCCACUGAUGUGCAACGGUUACCCUCAAUGCUAGUGGGAACACUUGAUGAGGAUUCUCACAAACUAUACUCUCUUAUUUGGCUCAGAACGAUGGCAUGUCAAAUGGAACCUUCUAUCACUGAAGAGAUUCAAAUUGACUGUGGACUUGCGGAUGAAUCCAUCAUUGCCAGAUCUACAUGCUCAAGAGUUCAAUUUCGUGGGUUUCGAGAUGUUUUUGAGGAUCCAGAAGUUCAUGCAGUCAAACAUAAAGACCAUGAAGAAAGCGGACGGGAUGAUCUGUUCAGAAUUCUGAAUCCAUUGAAGCCAGGGGAUCAAUUGUCUCUACUUGCUGUUGAACUAGAGGAACAUUUUACCCAGCCCCCACCCCGCUAUACUGAGGGGACAUUGGUCAAAAGGAUGGAGGAGCUAGGGAUUGGAAGACCUUCCACAUAUGCAACCGCACUAAAAGUUUUAGAGGACAGGAACUAUGUGGCAGUGAAAAGUCAUCUUCUACAUCCGGAGUUUCGUGGGCGCAUAGUAUCGGCAUUUCUUUGUCAUCAUUUCUCUGGCAUCACCGAUUAUAGUUCUACUGCAGACUUGGAAAAUAAGCUUGAUAAUGUCUCAGCUGGUUUAACUGAAUGGAAACGCCUCCUAAGAGAUUGUUGGAACCAGAUCAGCUCAUCUUGUAAACGUGCUAAUAAUGUUAAUAUUUAUCAGGUGGAAAAGAUGUUGGAGAAGAAAUAUGGGGACUUCUUAUUUUCUUUUCUUCCUAAUAAUUCCAGAGCAUGUCCAAGUUGUCCGGAUGGCACUCUGAGCUUCAAAGUUAGUGGGUGUGGUAUUGGCUAUUACAUAGGUUGUGAUCGACAGCCAACAUGCAAGUAUGUUGCAAAAACAUUUUUUGGUGAGGAUGAAGAUAAAGAUCCUUUUCAAUAUGACGGCAUUGUAAUAGACGGGCCAAAGGUUAUUGGUGUCCAUCCAGUUUUUAAUGAAAAGAUUCUUUUGAAGAAUGGUCCAUUUGGGUUUUAUGUACAACUUGGUGAGGACAGGAAAGGGUACGUGCCCAAAAGAGCCUCUCUUUCUGAGAUAAAGGACAAGAAUUCUAUUACUCUCGAUGUUGCUAUUGAUCGUUUACGCUACCCAAUUACCUUGGGAAAACAUCCAAAGGAUGGCCAACCCGUGAUAGUAAAGAUCGCAAGAGUUGGAUUCACGGUUAGACAUGGACGCACGAUAGCUUCCGUUCCUAAGAGCGUGAAGCCAGGUAGCCUCACUUUAGCGAAAGCGCUGAAGCUUCUGUCAAGUAGCAAAGUUAGAAGGAUUGGGCGACCUAAAGGCCCGAACAAGGUUGAUGAUGAAUUCUAUUGAGCUUCUCUUUAAGGUUUUAUUCUCCCUUUAUCCUUUAUUUUGCGUUCUUUUCAAUGUAUGCAUUCGUGUACGGAGAUUGGUUCGAUAUUCAUAGUUGAGCUUAUGAUAGAAAAUAAAGACAUAGAAUUAGUGUUUGAGUUCUUAUCAUUACCCAUGAAUGUCGAUUGAUGUUUAUUAUUUUUAAUAUUAUAUCAGUAAUAUUGAUUUUUGUUUUGUA